AUGACGCUAACCCCCUCCCAACAAGCCCUCGGCCUCGCCCUAUUUCGCAUCUCCCCCAUCUUCCUCGCUGCUGUCAGCGGCACUUUCUCCUACAUCUCCCACGAAUUUGUCGCGGCCUUCAAGCACAAAGCCGUGUCGUUCGAAGCCCGCCAAGCCGUCCUCCCAGGCUGGUGGGACCACAUUCGCUUCGUCAGCUUGCCCGUCAUCUGGCUGUCUUUCAUCCCCAACUUUUUCCUCGGUCUCGCCAACGCCAGAAGCUCGACGCUCUGGGGCUGGCUCGGCGACGGCAGUGUCGGUGCUGUCGGGCCCCUCGCCUCAAACCUGUACACCAUCGCCGCGAUCGUCAGUAUUGCGUACUUCCCGCAUACAAUUUACCGAGGUUUUGUGCCGCUCCAGACGAGGGCAAUAAUGGUGGAGAAAGUAUCCAAGGAGAAGCGCGAGCAUGCGUUGAAUGAGUUUUUAAGGAUGGAUUAUCAGCGAGGGUGGACGGCCGGGUUUCCGGUCUGUGUGCUGUUUCUGGCAGCUGUGACGGCUUGGGUGGCUGACCAGCUUUGA